CUUCCUUGGGAAGCUCUGCACCACCUCACCCCCACCCCUGCGCUGCUGGAGCCUGGGGCCACUCUGGUCUGCAGCCCAAAUCCUGCCUCGUUGUGCUGGGGGGCCAGGCUGGGGUUGGAGAGAGGGCCUGGCAGGACGAGUCAGCUGAGACUACUUCUGUACACGGAUGUGGAGUCAAAUGGAGAGCUGCCUGCAGGGCCAUACGAAGAUGUUGCUGUUCCACGUCAAGUUCUGCAGGAGGCCCCCUAUCAGCCUCCAGAGAGCCCUGAGGAGGUGGAACCUUCUCCAGUCCAGGAGGAAGCUGCGUCUCAGCCUCCAGAGAGCCCCGAGGAGGUGCAACCUUCACUUGAGCAGGAGGCCCAGGCUCAGCCUGCAGAGCAUCCUGAGGAGGCGGAACCUCCUCCAUUCCCUCAGGAGGCCCAGGCUCAGCCUGCAGAGCGCCCUGAGUAUGACUCUGCCCCACUCCAGCAAGAGGCCCCAGCGCAAGUUCCGGGGUCCCCUGGUGAGAAUGUACCUCAGUUUCCAGUGAGUGAAGAGGCAGCAGCUCGACCUGGAAGUAACUAUCCAGCUCACUCCAAGCUGUCCAGUGUUACACUUAAACCUGUGGAUUUGGAACUUAUGGUCACUCCAGAGCCUGCUAAGGAAGGCGAGUUUACCGCAGCCCAGCAGGAGCCCCGGCCUCAGCCUCCUGAAUAUUCUGUGGAGGCAGAACCUUCUCCAACCCCGCAGGAUGCCACAGGUCAGCCUCCAGAGCCUCCUGAGGAAGCUGAGCCUUCUCCAGGUGAACAGGGACGACCGGCUCAGCCUUAUGAGCCUAAUGGGGAAGUUGUACCCUUCUCAACCCAGCAGGAGAGCCCAGCUCAGCCCACAGAGCAUCCUGAGGUGGUGAACCCAGCCACCCAGCAGGAGAGCCCAGCUCAGUCUCCAGCAGAGAUAGAGCCUUCCGCAACCCAGCAGGAAAGCACAGCUCAGCGUCCACAGUCUCCCGCUGAGGCCGAACCCUCUCCAGCUCAUUCUCAAGAUCAUGUGACAACAGCUUCUCCUCCAGGCCAGGAUCAAGCUCAGUCUCUGCAGUGGCCCAGUGUCACUGUUAAACCUGUGGACCUUGCACUCACCAUAACUUCAGGGCCCACAAGUGAAGCUGGACCUUCUCCGCCCCAACAGGAGGCCUCAUCUCAGUCUGCAGGGUCCCCUGAGCAGUUGGAACCGUUACUGGUCGAGCAGGAGGUUCCGGAACAGCCUCCAGCCCCCUCAGGAAAUGGUGAACCUUCUCCAGUCCAGCUUGAGCCCCCAACUCAGCCUCCAGAGACCUCUACAGCUGCCACAGCUCAACAUCCAGUACAUAAUGAGGUGACGUUCUCACCUGCAGGGCCAGGUGAAGCUCAGCAUCCAGUGAUGCCUAGUACCAUAGGCAAACCCCUGGAUCUCACAGUUGUCAUCACUCCAGAGCCUGCUAAGGAGGCUGAAAGUUCCCCAGAGCAGCAGGAGGGCUCUGCUCAUUUUCCCGUUUCCCCCGAGCAGGCUGAAAUUUCUCCAGUCCAGUCUAAGCCUCUUUCUCCGUCUCCGGAGCACCCUGGGAAGGUUGAAUCUCCCAGGACAACAAGAGGCCACAGCUCAGACUACAGGUCCCCCUGAGGGGGUGGGGCUUUCUUCGGUCCAGGAGGAAGCCCCGUCUCAACCUCCAGAGCCACCUAAGGAGGUUGAGAUGACAGUUGGAAGACCAGGACAGAAUCACGCUCAGCAUUCCAGCUCGCCCAGUGUCACUCAUAAAGCUUUGGACCUGGGGCUGACCGAGGCCUGGCUCAGACGCAGCAGCCUGAGGGCACCAGGGAGGCCCGGCUGCAGCAGGGGCGGUGGGGUCUGUCCUCUCCCACCCUCAUCUCAGCAUCAGGAAAAUCUGUUCACUGUAGACUGGAGGGACUAGGGGCUGGAGACGGGGGAGAGCCAUGAAAACAGCUCCUUCCUUAAAAGAAAGGGUGGACAAAUCACUCCAUCGUUACUCUUCGUGUCUAGGGAGACAGAGAGAUGGAAAGAGAGACCAGGGUAAGGACUGAGACAAGAAUGAAAAAUACAGAGAAGCACAGAAGUACAGAGAGUGUAGACAGAAAGGUGCCAAGACAGAAAUAGAUACAGACACUGGGAGACAGAGAAACACACACCUGGAGGGUGUCUGGAUGGAAGGUGCUGGGAGACGGGGUGGGGCUGAGUCAGAACUGAUGUGGGGGGAUGGUCGUGCAGGAAGCCGAGCCGCUGAGGCCCUGAGGGUUUGGGGUCCUUGGGGAGUCUGGGACAGAAGGGCCUAGAGCCACGGGUUCCCCACCUACCAGUAUGGCCUAUCCAAGGACGGGGCUGGGGCUGAAGUAGGUGUGCGGAAGUGUAUCCAGUCCCCUCCCAAGGCUGCUGGCCUGGGGUCCCUGGAGCUGGGGACAGGUGCCUGCCUUUCCGCGUCCUCCUCCCGAACUGUGCCAGCUGGCCCCGUCCCCCCACCCCAGGCCAGUGUCAGGUUCCAGGCUGUUCCCCGGGGGAACUUUGAUCUGGAAAGAAUGAGGGUGACCGAGCUGGCGGCUGCCCAGGGCCGAGCCGUGCCACUGAGACCUGGCCUGGGCUGCCCCUGCCACCUUCCCACCUGUGGGGGCACCAGGCAGUCACUCCAGGGCUCAGGAGACACAGGUGGGGUCUCUUCUGCUUUCCUGCCCCCCUGUUCUCUCCACUUCCAUUCACUGUUCAGUCACUAGUUCCUGCACUGCUCCAUUCGGCGCCCCUCCCUUCACUCACUCAUUCAAAUGGCUGAUGGAGCUGGGGGCUGGGCCAGGGGUCAGAGGGAUGAGAGAGGCAGGGCCUUGCCCUCUCAGGAGCCCCAGAGAUCACUACUCAAGACAGACAGCAGCUCCACACUGGAGGAGGGAGCCAGGGCAGGAGAGGAGGGAUAUAUUUCAAUGGGCAUGGUGGGCGGGGAGGGGAGGGGAGGAGUGGUAACAGGCCUCAUCAGGGACGGCUUCCUGGAGGAGGUGGCAUUUAAACUGGGCUCUGAAGACCUAAAGAAGGGAGUCUGCCAGACAGGAUGGCAAGUGGAAGGGAUGCUUCAGGCAGUGGGACCAGGGCAGCCACAAAGGCAGAAGUGUGGGAGUUUGUGCAUUUUGCCGGAAGGGCCUUGAAAUGCACCUUAAGGCAUUCGACCCACUGUUGGUGGAGGGGAGUCAUGGGUCAGAGGGAUAGUUUUGUUAGAGAAAGGAGACUCGGGGGGCUUGCAGGGGAGGUGGCAGCCUGGUGGUGUGGGUGCUGGUCUCCUCCAGGCUUCCCCAAGGAGGUGCUAGCGCCCGCAGAGACCUCCCGUACCGCUCCAGCCCCAAGGGGGACUCCAGAAUGAUUCUGAGGAAGCCCAGCUUGUGUGUGGGCUGCAAAAGGCUUUGGAGGGCCCUGGCCCAGGCCAGAGCCCAGCCCCCUGCCUCUGCCCAGCCUCCCCACCCCCACUGCUUACUUGGAGUGACACAGCCUUUUUCUGGGCUGAAAGCAGACACUGCCUGGCCUGCGGGGCCCCUGGGGAAGGCCCAGGGAGCCACAGCCCUGGAGCUCUGCCUCCCCCAGUCCCUAUAAAUAGCCCAGGGACGGGGAGGGGAGGCGGGCCAGGCAGGGCUGGAGGGGGCAAGCCUCCGGUGGGAAGUUGUGGAGCAGCGGGGGAGAAGGGAGGAUGAGUCCAGAAUUUAGGCCCAGUUCUGCCGCUGAUGAUGACUGCUCGCCCCUGGGGGUCUCGGGGUCCUCUGGGCCGGGGCAGCCAGGCUGGCGGAGCGGAUUGCACGAGCACGUAGACGCAGGGAGUGUCGUUCUAAGAGGACAGGAGGGGCCAGUGCUCCUUCCUGUGUGGCUUUUCAGAGGCACAAGGGUCAGGAUAUUAGCUGUGAGGGCCCCAGGCCGGGGCUGUCCUGCCCCAGAGACCACAGUGGCCCAGGACAGGCUGUGGUGGGGUGCUGUUCCCAAGGUGGGGGCAGGGCGCUGGGGUGAGUCAGCGGAGACCUUUCCAGGCCAUGGGGCCAGGGCUUAGGAGCUGGGACCUGAGUGGGGAGGGGAUCCUAGAAAUGGAAACUGUGAGCCCCAUGGCCUUAUCUGGGCUGGAAGCAGCUGUCUCCACUCCACACCCUCCGCAGCCCCUGCCUUUGCUGGGAGGAGGCAGGCCCCUCCACACGGGGAUGUGUGCUGUUUGUUCUCUGGGCGGCCUGAGCCUCAGCAGAGGCCCGUGGGAAAUUCCUCCUCCACUAGGACCACGAGGGCCCAACGUUGGUCGGGGGUUGAGAAGGUCUGCUCUCUCUUACCCUCUCUCCGGAUCAGGGCCACCCUUAAAACCUUGUAUGCAAGUCUCCGCAGAGCGCCCAGGAUCCCUACCUUCUAGAGACAGACUUCUAGGUCUGGUUAAAGAGGCAGCCAGAGAUGGGGCACCUGACUUGUGCAGUCAGACUCACACGGUGAUACACAAACGCUUGAUAUAUGGAAGCAUAUGGAGACGCUCAACAUACACAUACAGGCAUGCGUGCGUUCUACGCUGACACAUGUGCAGCAGGCAUGCAUUUGCGUGUGUCUAGAACACGUUCAGCACUUAUGAGCAAAUGCAUAAAAGUCCCUCCUAUAAACGCAGGUGCUUGGAAAUGUACCCACACCCCACACGCCACAUACACGUGCAGGUCCUGUAGACUCUGCAAUGCC